CACACACACACACACACACACACACACAGGCACAGACAGGAGCCUGCUCCUCCGCGGAGCACAGUGACAGCCAGGGCAGGAGACACGGCACACCGAGACCAGACGACCCGCGGGGCUGCCAACCACAUCGGGUUGGAGUGACGUCACGUGAGUGGGGAUGGGAGUCACAGCUUCUCAGAUGGGUCCCUCUGAUAACGGUGUCCAGGGGAUCCAUGGCGUUCCUCAGACACACAAGGGGGAGUGGACAGGGCCGAGGAGUGACCUGUCUGAGGAAGAGUUCUCGUUUUUCAGCUGUGAAGAGACGUCCACGGAUGGCAGUGAGUCGCGAUCAGAUCUGACCCAAGAGCCUGAGCCUGAGCCCUCCAGGUGUGGCGUGUGUGAGCAGGUACUGAAGGACCCAGUCAUGCCCACCUGCGGACACAGCGUCUGUGAUGAGUGCUGUGGCACCGCCCCAGAGCAUUCUGGGCCACAUGAAGACAAGGCCUGUCCCCUCUGCAGCAAAGAGAAGAGGGCCGUAGUGGUGCAGAGUGUGGUGCAGGACUACAAGGAGCGGCUGAAGAGGAGGUUCCAGCACAUCAGGGACGCCGGAACCCAGGUGCUGCUGCGCGACGUCUACGCCGAGCUCCACAGCACCGGGGCGGAGAGCGAGGAGGACCAGGCGCAGGAACACGAGGUCUGGAGGGUGGAACAGGCCUCCAAGGUCCCGACGGAACCGAGCGGAACGGACGGCAGGAUCGUCAGCUGCAACGACAUCUUCAGACCUUCUUCUUCCUCGGCCGGGCGAGAGGCGUACGUCAAGACGGUGCUGACGGCGGGCGUCGCCGGCGUCGGGAAAACCGUCUCCGUGCACAAGUUCGUCCUGGACUGGGCGGAGGGCCGGGCGAACGCGGACGUGGAGUUUGUGUUCGUGCUGCCGUUCCGGAGCCUGAACCUGAUGGAGCACACCUGGUACAGCCUCCAGCAGCUGCUGCUGGAGCUGCACCCCGAGCUGGCCGAGCUCGAUGAGUCGCACCUGUACGAGGAGUGCAAGGUGGUGCUGGUCCUCGACGGGCUGGACGAGAACCAGCUGCCUCUGAGCUUCCAGCCCUUCAGCUACGUGCUGUGCGACACCAGCAACUUUGCCGCGGUGGACGUGCUGGUCGCCAACCUCAUCCAGGGCAACCUGCUGCCGUCCGCUCACGUGUGGAUCACCUCGCGACCGGCAGCGGCCGGCCAGAUCCCGGCCAAGUACGUCGACCGGUACACGGAAAUACGAGGGUUCGGCGACGCGCAGAAGGAGGAGUACCUCCGGAAAAGAAUCGCCGACGGGCCCAAAGCCGAUCGAAUCGUGUCGCACGUCAAGUCGUGCCGAAGCCUUCACGUCAUGUGCAAGUUGCCGGCAGUCUGUUCCAUCGCCGCCACCGUGUUUCAGCACGUGCUGGAGCUGGACGACGGAGCUGCGAAACUGCCCCAAACUCUGACCGAGAUGCUCGGUCAGCUCUUACUCAGGCAGGUGCAGCUGGAGAACGAGAUGUUCGAGGGGGAGGACGGAACGGACCCGGAGACGCUGCUGGAGUUCAAGAUGGACGUCAUCGUGAGGCUGUCCGAGCUGGCCUUCACGCAGCUGCAGCAGCAGUGCAAGCUGUGGCUCUACGAGGACGACCUCAUGGCCUGCGGGUUCCGCGUGGGCGACGCCACCGUCUACUCCGUCAUCUUCAGGGAGAUCUUCUGCGAGGAGGACUGCCGUCUCAAGACGCAGCAGGCGCCGAGGGUGUUCGGCUUUGCGCACCUGAGCGUUCUGGAGUUCCUGGCCGCCUUCUUCGUGGUCCACUGCGCCGUGAGCCGCAACGUGGAGCCGCUGGAGACGUUCCUGCUGCGCAGCUCGUCCCGCGACCAGCACGGAGAACCGGGAGCGGCCGGCAAGAACCGGAAGUCCGGCGUCUUCCUGUCCUCGAUCAAGCACAUCUUCGAGACGAACCCCUCGGAGAAGAGCAGCCUGCAGAACGAGGACGCGGCGCUCGUGCUGAGCCUGCUCAAGGGCAUCGUGGACAGAGCGGUGGAGACGGCCGACGGACACAUGGAUCACUUCCUGCGCUUCCUCGUGGGCCUGUGUCUGGAGGCCAACCAGGAGCUCCUGCGAGGUCUGCUCCCGGAGACGUGCCCUGACCUGAAGAAGGUGGUGGAGUACGUCCGCGCGCUGCUGGACACGGACCUCGCCCCGGACAGGUGCGUCUGCCUCCUGCGCUGCCUGUCAGAGGUGACGGACGACAGCGCUCGUCUGGACUUCCAGAGGAACCUGCGGUCCAGGAGGCCGGAGGAGACGCAGCUCUCGCCCGCGUUCUGCUCAGUGCAGGCCCACCGGCUCCUGCAGUCAGAGGAGGUGGUGGAGGAGCUGGACUUGAGGAAGUACAACGCGUCAGAUAGAGGGCGCAGGAGGCUGAUCCCGGUUGUGAGGUGCUGCAGGAAGGCUGUCCUGGUGGGUUGUGAGCUUGACGAGCGGUCGCUGGAGCAGGUGAUCUGGGCGCUCCACUCGCUGCGCUGCCCGCUGAGAGAGCUGGACCUGAGCGGCACCGAGCUGCAGGACUCCUGGAUGAUGACCUUCUCCAGCCAGCUCAAGAGCGCCACCUGCAGGCUGGAGACGCUCAGGUUGUCGUCCUGUUCUCUCACAGACACAGGUUGUGCGUUCCUGUCCUCCGUGCUCAGUUCCCCCGGCGGCUCCGUCCUCACGGUGCUGGACCUCAGCCACAACCAGCUGCAGGACAAGGGGGCCAUGCUGCUCUCCGCCCAGCUGGACAGCCCACUCUGCAGACUGGAGACGCUCAGGAUAUCGUCCUGUGGUUUCACUGAUGCUGGCUGUGUGUGUCUGGCGUCGGCCGUGAAGUCCCCCAAAUCCCCCCUGAGGGAGCUGGACCUGAGAGGAAACCACCUCAAGGACACCACCACCCAGAAACUACUGAUCACCCUACAGGACCCAGAGUGCAGGCUACACACACUGAGGCUUGAUAAUGCUGCAAUAUUGUGGGUGUGCCUGGGACCAGUGCAAUACACCAGCGAGCUCACUCUGGACGGGGACACGGCGCACCGGAACCUCCUCCUGUCCGACGACCUCCGGCAGGUCACGCACGCGGCCGAAGAGCAGCCGCACCCGGGCCACCCCCAGCGCUUCCAGCACCGGCCGCAGGUGCUGUGCCGCCAGCCCGUGUCCCACCGCCGCUGCUACUGGGAGGCGGCCUGGAGCCAAGAUGGCGGCGUCUCCGUGGGCGUGGCCUACGGCAGCAUCCACAGGAAGGGGUGGAGCCAAGACCAGCUGCUGGGCUACAACGACCAAUCCUGGUGCCUGUUCUACUCGCACGGCCGCUACUCCGCCUGGCACGGACGGAACCAGACGCCGAUCCCCGACGACCGCGUGCGGGCGUUCGAGCCGGAACCGGAACCGGAACCCGAACCCGGCCCGACGACGACCGCUGGCCAAUCGGUGUGCGGCGCGGCUCCUCCGAGGGCGCUCGUCUCGGAUCUGAGGAGAGUCGGAGUGUACCUGGACUGGCUGGCGGGGUCUCUGUCCUUCUACAGCGUCUCCACGGAUACGGUGACGCGCCUGCACGCGUUCCGUGCGGUGUUCACCGAGCCCGUCUAUCCGGCCUUCAGGCUCCGCGAGACGGACUCCACGCUCAUACUGUGCUAGAGUCGGGCACACACACACACGCACGCACGCACGCACGCACGCACGCACACACACACACACACACACACACACACACACACACACACACGAUUCUGUGCUAGAGUUUGGCAUUCUUAUGUGUGUUAACUUAAAACUAAAUGUAUAUUUAAUCAUGACUUUGGGCAUUUUUAUAUGUGUUCAUUCAAAUCUAAAUGUAUAUUUAAUCUUGACUCCACGCUCAUACUGUGCUAGAGUUUGGCCAUUUUUAUACGUGUUAACUUAAAGCUAAAUGUGUAACACAAAGAUGCACAGAUAUGUCCACACACACACACACACACACACACACACACACACACACACACACACACACUGUGCUAAAGUUGGGCAUUUUUAUAUGUUCACUAACUUAAAUCUAAAUGUAUAUUUAAUCAUGAUGUUGGGCAUUUUUUUUAUGUGUUCAUUUAAAUUGAAAUGUGUAACACAGAGAUGCACAGAUAUGAAUGCACACACACACACAUGAUUCUCUGCUAGAGUUGGGCAUUUUUAUAUGUGUUCAUUUAAAUCUAAAUGUGUAUUUAAUCAUGAUUAUUCAGUGUAUGAUUUUGUAUUUAAGAUAUUUUACUAAUAUAUUUUCUAUCUAAAUGUGUAACACUUAAAUGCACAGAUAUGAAUUUACACACCCACACACACACACACACACACACACACACUCACACACACCUGACAAUCUUCAACGUUCCGUCCGGCCUUCAGGCUCCAUGAGCUGGACUCUACACUCACACUGUGCUAAUGUGUUUAGUUGAAUUUAAAUGUGUAUUUAAUCAUGAUUAUUCAGAGUAUGUUUGAAUUUAAAUGUGUAUCUAAUCAUGAUUAUUCAGAGUAUGUUUUUAUUUAAAUGUGUAUCUAAUCAUGAUUAUUCAGAGUAUGUUUUUAUUUAAAUGUGUAUUUAAUCAUGAUUAUUCAGAGUAUGUUUUAAUUUAAAUGUGUAUUUAAUCAUGAUUAUUCAGAGUAUGUUUUUGAAUAUAUAUUUUUACAUGUUUUACUAAUAUAUUUUCUAAAAUGAUCCUCCAAAUUCUGAUACUGUGCUAGAGUUUUUUUUUAAGUGUUUUAAUUUAAAUUUACAUGUGUAACCCGUAGAGCCAUAUAUAUGAAUGUACACACAAACAUGCACACACGCGCACACACACAAGUCAGACUCUACACUGAUCUUGUGCUAGUUCAUUUUUUUAUGUGUUAAUUUUAUAUAUUUAAUCAUGAUUAUUCAGAGUAUGUUUUUACAUAUUUUAAAUUAUUUUACUAAUGUAUUUUCUAAAAUGAUCCUCCAAAUUCAUUAAAGAUGUAAGGAUGUA